UUGCAUUUAAACAGACAUUUGUGUGGAAGAAAACAGCAGAACAAUUACAUACAUGGUAUAAAGUGUAGGCUACACCACGUAAUUGGAUUUGAUAAUAACCAUUUUUGCAGUAAAGAAGAAGAAAAAAAAUUGCCAGGAAUCGGAUGAGGUCUAAUAGACAGGUGAGCUACCACAACAAUGCAGCUUGUUUUCAGCCUCAUCAUGUUUCUGUGUGCAGCAAUUAAUAAAGGCAUUUUGCAAGCCAACAAGGACCUGGCAGUAAUGGAAAGUAAACCAGCCCUUCCAGAAAAAGUCACAAACAUCACCUGCACCUAUUUUUUGAAUUCUACCAUCACUUGCAGCUGGAAUCCUGGAAAUAAUAUACAAAACCAGCAAACAGAGUACAGCUUAAUUUAUUAUCGUAAUAAAUUCUUCAGUGACACUCCUGUACAGAACUGUUUUCCAAAGGCCAUUAUUUCAUCAAGUGAAAGUGUUACAUUUCCCUGUGGACUGUCAAAGACAGAGUGUACUGUUAGAUGUGGGGUGUUUAUUUUCACUGCUAAAUAUUUAAUAUCCGUAAGAGCUGAGAACACCAUGGGUAAAGAAGAUUCAGAAAAGUACAAUCUUGACACACAGCAUGCAGUACAAUUAUCUACUCCGGUAAUUACAAAAAUCAUUGCGUCAAAGAAUUCAUUGAAUUUGACUUGGAAGGGACAAGAUUUUUUUCCAUUCGAUGUAACAUGUAUACUCCGAUACAAAAAGGUCACUGCGGGCCAGUGGAUUCAGGUUGAGAACAUACCCAUGGAAAAGAAUGAAAAAGAAGCAAGUUUUCACAUUGGAGGUUUGGAGCCGUUCAGCAACUACAGUGCUGCUGUUUCCUGUAUUAGAAAAGGGAAUACAAUCUACUGGUCUGAAUGGAGUGCUGACGUAUACGGUCAAACUUUGGAAGACAGGCCUUCAAAAGCAGUGGAUCUCUGGCGGAGCAUGGAGGACCCUGGCUUCCCAGGAACAAUCUAUCUUAUAUGGAAGCCUUUAAGUGUUUCUGACGCUAAUGGAAUUAUACUUGGAUACAAAGUGAAUAGAAGAAAUCAGCCUUGGAUGAACACCACUGAAGCUAAGAUAUCAUUCCCCCGGAGCAGAGAAGCUUGUGAGGUUACUGUGUUCGCUUAUAACUCCGCUGGGGACUCUCCUGGAGUCACGCUGAGAAUCCCUGCAAUUUCCAAACAGGGUGUUCUACCAGUAAUACCAGUGGUACAAGCUUUUCCUAAAAACAAUCAGCUGUGGGUUGAGUGGAAAGCUCCUCCGUCGGCAGUAACUGGAUACGUGAUUGACUGGUGUGUGGGUACAGAGGCCGUUUGUGACAGAGACUGGCAGCAUGUUAACACCACCACCCUCACAACUUAUUUAACAGGUAAUAUUGAACCACUGAAACGUUACAACAUCUCUGUCUACCCUGUUUAUGAGCAAGGCGCUGGAACUCCUAUAUUAACUGAGGCGUACCUUAAGGAAGGAGCACCAGGGAAAAUUCAUACACCAGAAGUAUCUGACAUUAAGACCACAGAGGCUACUAUCAAAUGGAAAGAGAUUCCAAAGGACCAAAGAAAUGGUUUCAUCGUUAACUACACCAUUGUUUUCCUCAACAAAGAACAACCCUUUAAGACUGUCAACUCAAAUGUGCUGGAGUGCACUCUGCAGUCUCUGCUGCCCAGCACACAGUACAGAGUUUACUUAAAAGCCAGCACCAAGGCAGGAAGUAUUAAAAGCAGUGAUGUGAUCUUCACUACUUCAUUGUCAACAGAAGCCAUUGUGUCAGUAACCUUACCGUUUAUUUUCAUGAUUUUCCUCUUGGGAGUAGUCUGUGUCAUAAAGAAGCCUGUAUUAAAAGAACAGUUUUGGCCCCCUGUUCCAAACCCAUCCAAAAGCUCUCUGGGACAUUGGCUUGAUAAAUACCAUCCUCAGAAUAUACUGGAAUGGACAGUACUGAUUCCUGAUGAUGGUUCUUCUGUUUGUGAUGUACAUCUUAGUGAUAGCAUUAACUCAGACCAUUCGUAUUCAUCUUCAGAAAAACAGCUUCUUGAUUCAUAUAUUGCAGAAUUGCCCCUGCCAUACCAGCCUGUGCCUGCCAUUGGAGAAGACAUAGACCAGCAUUCUGCUAAGAGUAACAAUUUUCUGCAAUUCUUUUCUAACAAGGAUUAUAUAUCCAUGGUUCAAACUACUGAGUUUUUAGCUCCCAAAGACAGCUGGGAUGUAACUACGAGUCCAACAGCGACAGAAACCACAGGACUGAAGCAGGUUGCUGGUCAACUGCAUGUCAUAGAAACCAGGGUGGACCUACUGUGUAACACCAUAGCAACAAGUGGAGGGGAUACGCCCCCUUCUCAACUUGUAAGCACCCAGCCAUAUAUUAAAGAAUAUGAGGUAACAGCAACUGCCACACAAGGAACUACAAAUGCAGCUUUUCAGAACAGCACUGAUCUCCCAUAUACCCGGUUACCCAUGUAGAAACUUUUCACAUUAUAAUCAUUUUUACCACUCAUUUAGUUUAAACAUAUAUUAACAAAUGCAUUAGCGGAACAUCACCACCAAGAAAAUCAUCUUUCAAAUUGAACAAAACAGAAUGCUGUUGUGCGUAAUGCAGAACGGUUAAAUUAGACAGAGUUGUAAUAUAUGAAACUAGCAAGUCGGGUUUAGAUCAAAUUAACUCUCUGGACUAGUUUCAUAACAUUUACAUUUUUAUGUAUUUAUUUUUAAAAGGAAAAAUCAAAGGCAAACCUGAUUCUGGUGCACUGCAAUCAGAAGGAUAAUUGGGCCUAACAAGUAUUCUGGUGUGAAAAUACUUUUGCUACCAACUAAAAACUGGGUGUUUAUUGUAUAUAAUAAAAUUACUAGAUUCCCAUUGCUUGUUUGCCAAAAUAAGAACUUUCAUGUUAUUUCAGUCCCGUUUUAUUUGCUAAAAUUCCCAUAUACAGCUGUUAAGGACUCAACAGUCCCCCUGCAUUUCUCUGGACUGCUAUGCUGUGUCAGUCCAUAUGCUAGAAGAUUAUUCGCACCUGAGAGCCCUGUGCAGUGCAAAAUAAACAGAUCCUGUUCAAGCAGUGUGUCUGUUUGUGUUUCAGCACCAGCUUAAGUAUUCCCAUCCAGUGGCUCUAUAUGAAGGGCAAUGUUAAUGAGAUAUUGGUAGAAUGGACCCACAAUUGUUUCACAUUUUGACAAACCAGUAGUAUCACAGUUGUGCAAAAAAUACAUACUACCAUAACAACUGUGUAGUAUUAUGUUGUCAAUACUGGUGGUCCAGCGGUUAAAGAAGAGACCCCGUUCAAAUUCUGGUUCACUCACUGACUCUGUGUGACCCUGAGCAAGUCACUUAACCUCCUUGUGCUCCGUCUUCCGGGUGAGACGUAGUUGUAAGUGACUCUGCAGCUGAUGCAUAGUUUACACACCCUAGUCUCUGUAAGUUGCCUUGGAUAAAGACAUCUGGUAAAUAAACAAAUAAUAAUACUGUGGUCUCUUGGUUCUGCUAAAGUUUACUCAGGGCAAAACACAGCUGUUGUAAUGGUAUCACUAUGUUAAUUUAGUUAUUUUUCAGUAAUAGUACAUAUUUUUUAUACUUUUACAGCUUUUGUUAUUUAUUUAUUUUACCCAAACGUACAUUUAUUGUUACAAGAUUGUUAGUUAAACGGUAAACUUCUAUAAAAUGUGGCCUCUUGUGUCUCUUUCUUUAGUUUUUAGGUUAAAGUUAACAGCAAGCAAUACUAAGAAUUUACAGCAAGUUACAACUUUCAACUGGCUAUUUGUGUACAUAUUAAAAAAUACAUAGUACUCUUGGAACAAAGGUUAGCUUGUCAGGUAAAUGCGUGGUGUACUGACUUUUGUGGUCAUUGCAAAUCAUUAUUACAGUUUUUGUGCUGAAUUCAAAACCCAUGCUAACUGCAGUUCAUUUUCUGUUGUAUCCAGUACAGCUGUAGAAAAGGACAAAAGACAAAUGCACUGUGAGUGAGUAAAUGGACAUCGCCAGAUUAGCAAAUUAAAGGGGUAACAGAAUUUUGUUACAAUUGGUUCACUGUGUAAAUAUAUAAAAAUAAAUAAAGAUGUUCAUUGUACACUU